AUGAGUUUGUUUGUCCAUAACCUGGGGUUGAGAAUUGUAGACCCCUUUUCACCGAACUCUUCUUUUCUCCUCUCUAGAGAAACACUGGGUUCGCACAACAUCCUCUAUGCAACUGUUCUGCUUGACCUUACCUGUCUAUUUCUCAAUACAGAUACUACCUCAAGAUCUUUGGAAACCUACCUGGUAGGUCUUUCAAUUAUGUUGGACUGCCUACCUGGUUUGAGCAUGACAACUGCUUUGGGUCUAGAGAAACUCGCUUCUACCAUCUUCGUUCGUGAGUACAAUACAGGUAAUUUCGAACUGGCUCUACUGUUCGCUGAGAAGGCAGUUGACACGAUCAAACAUUUGGGCAAUCAACGCUGUAUGCAGUACGCUUCGGCCAUUAGUGUCAAA